AUGGGAAAUAUAAAAGUUAUCGAAUUGACCAAGUCUAAAUAUCAAUGUCAAAGAGAUUUGUAUUAUCACUUUAAUAUAUCAUCAUCAUCAUCAUCAUCAUCAUCAUCAUCAUCAUCAUCAUCAUCAUCAUCAUCAUCAUCAUCAUCAUCAUCAUCAUCAUCAUCAUCAUCAUCAUCAUCAUCAUCAUCAUCAUCAUCAUCAUCAUCAUCAUCAUCAUCAUCAUCAUCAUCAUCAUCAUCAUCAUCAUCAUCAUCAUCAUCAUCAUCAUCAUCAUCAUCAUCAUCAUCAUCAUCAUCAUCAUCAUCAUCAUCAUCAUCAUCAUCAUCAUCAUCAUCAUCAUCAUCAUCAUCAUCAUCAUCAUCAUCAUCAUCAUCAUCAUCAUCAUCAUCAUCAUCAUCAUCAUCAUCAUCAUCAUCAUCAUCAUCAUCAUCAUCAUCAUCAUCAUCAUCAUCAUCAUCAUCAUCAUCAUCAUCAUCAUCAUCAUCAUCAUCAUCAUCAUCAUCAUCAUCAUCAUCAUCAUCAUCAUCAUCAUCAUCAUCAUCAUCAUCAUCAUCAUCAUCAUCAUCAUCAUCAUCAUCAUCAUCAUCAUCAUCAUCAUCAUCAUCAUCAUCAUCAUCAUCAUCAUCAUCAUCAUCAUCAUCAUCAUCAUCAUCAUCAUCAUCAUCAUCAUCAUCAUCAUCAUCAUCAUCAUCAUCAUCAUCAUCAUCAUCAUCAUCAUCAUCAUCAUCAUCAUCAUCAUCAUCAUCAUCAUCAUCAUCAUCAUCAUCAUCAUCAUCAUCAUCAUCAUCAUCAUCAUCAUCAUCAUCAUCAUCAUCAUCAUCAUCAUCAUCAUCAUCAUCAUCAUCAUCAUCAUCAUCAUCAUCAUCAUCAUCAUCAUCAUCAUCAUCAUCAUCAUCAUCAUCAUCAUCAUCAUCAUCAUCAUCAUCAUCAUCAUCAUCAUCAUCAUCAUCAUCAUCAUCAUCAUCAUCAUCAUCAUCAUCAUCAUCAUCAUCAUCAUCAUCAUCAUCAUCAUCAUCAUCAUCAUCAUCAUCAUCAUCAUCAUCAUCAUCAUCAUCAUCAUCAUCAUCAUCAUCAUCAUCAUCAUCAUCAUCAUCAUCAUCAUCAUGA